CUCGGUAAUGAAUAUUAAUGAGUGGCUUACCUGGGAAACGGUAUAAUUUAGCAGACACUAGUGUUCCUGAUCUCCUAGAGACAUAUACUGAUUUGGUACAGUUACCGUAUAAUAUACAUGUAUAUAUUCGUAUGCAAAUAUUGUAGCCUCGCGGGUAAAUUCGACAAUUGUAGUACCCCGUGCUGAACUGUGUGCAGUGGCAUCGUUACUGUAACGGGGUGGCGCAGGCGCGCGACGCCCAUUUUCAUUUUAUCAUCACAUUACUCAUAGUGCUCAGGCCUAGACAAGAGUUCAUCUCCACCAAGCAGUCAACAUGGAUAGCGCAAGACGUAAACGUAUAGCAUUUGCAACGGGUCAAACAGCAUGCAAUCCCUGCCGGCAUCGAAAGGUCCGCUGCAGCUACCAGUCGCCGUGCCAAGCAUGCAUUGAUCAUGAGUAUCCGGAGCUCUGCAUAUAUCGCCCGCCGAUCAGACGCGUCUUGUUUGAACGACACUCCAACUCUCACCAGUCAGCGCCACCUGCAAGCCCGUCGAGGACACUGGGAGCCUGGCCGCCUUCUAAAGAAGAGUGGCAUAGCCUCGUAAGUCGAGUAGACCAGCUCGAGACCUCGCUAGCUCUCCGGGGUGACCCAGCCGUGUCUCUAGUUAAUGCUCCUUCACCUCUACCUCGUGAUGACGAGAGUAGCUCGACCGAACCAUACAGCGCCAUACACGCCAAGAACCCCAUGACGGGCGAGAGUGUCUUUCUCGGCGCGAACUCGGUGCCUGCCAUGGCGGCGGCGCUUGCCAACUCGGACGAGUCUAGAGAUAUCCAGAGCCUCAUUAGUCGCAAAAUGCUGCCUAUUUUUGCACUGGAAAAUGAAACCUUAACAUACCCAUUCAUCGAUAUAUGGGAUUCAUCUUGUGGGACUUCGGAAAGGGCUCAGCGGCUGUGCACCUUGAUCCCCACAGACGCAGAAGCCUUGAGCUUCCUUAGACAGUACAAGGACAAUGCCCAUGUGCUUUUCCCCGCAAUAAUACGGUUGGAGCAGUUCGAGGCUCAAGUCACCUCAUUUUUUACAACGCGAGCAAAGCAGCAGGACGCCUUGUCGCCGGACGGUAUGAGACUGUACGGGCAGAGCCUCCACUGGCUUGGCCUCUUCUUCGCUUGCAUGGCAUCUGGCUGCCAAUGCUCCAACAUGGAAAGGAAGCAGCGCCAGCUUACAUCACAAGUUUUUGUCUGCUGUGCGUAUGAGUGCUUGCGUCUGAUAAAUUACUUGUCAAACUCAAACCUUGAGGACAUCCAAAAUCUACUAGUUCUAGGAAACGUAAUAUCCAACAAUAUGAAUGCUGGCGUGGCCUGGACACUACUAGGCUUGACCACACGUAUCGCUCAGGGGCUCGGUUUACAUUAUAAUAGCGUGUCAAUGUCGUCGCAGUAUGAUGCAGACUUGCGCUACCAAAUCUGGUCUCGUAUCAUUUGGCAGGACAGUUUGUUGUCCAUUACAUAUGAUAGAGCGUCUUCGAUUAACUCCAUAAGCCAGUGGGGAUCAGCUGGUCCGACGAGGAAUGAAGAACUGAGCUAUACUGAAAGUAUGCUGACCCUCUGCCGCAUUGCUCUCGACAUUGUAAACAGCAGAGCAAGCGUUGCAUCGAACCAGCAGCUCCUGUCGCAGAUUGAUACACGUAGACAGGAAAUUCUCUCCAUCGGGAAUAGAAUGCAGCCUCACCUACAAAAGACAACUGCCUGUGUAUCCGUGGUGCAGAUCUUGGAACAUUGGAACUGGCGUAUGCACCGCUCCUAUGUUUUGUCUGAGCUACUACGCCCCUCGCUAGCAAAGCACCAAGGCGGCAUCCAUGGCAAGGAUCAGUACGCAGCGCUCUGCCUAGAAGCACUUACUGAGACGCUCGAUGCAUUUCUAAAUCUGCAGAAUCUGACUGCUUUUGCACGCACAUCAUGGGCGGCCGUCCAUCGCGCCUUGAGCUCGGCCCUUCUUCUUGCUAUUAUGAAAGUGCCUGGUCGCAAUACAAUAGUUCUUCAAAUGAUCAACAGCCUCAUAACCGUCAUGGGGAAUAUGGAGGCAACUCACAUGUCGGAGGUUUCAGCACCGGUUGCCAGAGCAGUCGAGGCGCUUACUUUGCUCACUAGUAGCUCCAAGACGCAAGAUGCUAGCACCAGCAGCACCGCAGAAUCCUCACCAUAUGCGGAAAUGCAGAAUAUUCUCUGGGGAGGCAUAUCCAAAAGUCAAUAGGUCUUUAUUUAUAUUGCUACUAUUAAAUACACUCGUAAAUGUCAUUUCCGGUCAAUGUAUGAGGAGGGAACAUGUCCACAACGUUUUCUGGCGACUCUCCAAUGCAGUGGUAGUCGCGAAAGAAUUCACCAGUUUUGCGGAUAUUCGAGCUAGCAUUAAUAGAGCGGAGAGACAGGGACAAAUCCACUAAUACAGUACUCUGCUUUCAACACGACGGUCCAGAGUGUUUCGGGGCGUGCGGGGCAGGCGUUCGGGGCGCUCGGCGUGUCUGGGUUGCGCCGACUUUCAGUGUCAUCACCACAAAGGACAGCAAUGGAGCCAUAUAGAAGUUCAACACAAUAAUAUGGUGAUACACAUGCAAAGUGUCAUA